UCCCAUUCUCACAUUGUCUUCUUUUUCAAUUGUUUAAAAUUUUAAAUGAUUCAGAGGUAAACAAGUUAAAUUUUUAAGAAAUGGCUUCUUUAGUUCUUCGUCUUCGGCAUAAGAAAAUUUCUUAUUUGGGGCUCUCUCACCUUCUAAAAGCAGAGAAAUUGGAGCCAUGUGAGGUGAAGCUUGAAUGCAAUGUAUUGAGACAUUACAGCAGUGAUAAUCGUAGAGCUAAGAUUGAUCUUACAGACUUGACUUGUCCUCAUUCGUGGUACCCGAAUGCUCGGAGAAAGCAGCGGAAGGUUUUUGUUCAUGUGGGCCCCACGAACAGUGGUAAAACAUAUCACGCUUUGAAGCGAUUAGAGUCGAGUUCAUCUGGGAUAUAUUGUGGUCCUUUGAGGUUGUUGGCAUGGGAGGUGGCAAAAAGGUUGAACAAUGCACAAGUUCCUUGUGACUUGAUUACAGGACAGGAAAGAGAGGAAGUUGAUGAUGCAAGACAUAAGGCUGUGACCGUUGAAAUGGCUGAUGUAAACUCUGAUUACAGUUGUGCUGUUGUUGAUGAAAUUCAGAUGGUUGGUUGUAAAACAAGGGGUUUCUCAUUUACGCGUGCUCUGUUGGGAAUUUCUGCUGAUGAACUCCACCUUUGUGGCGAUCCUGCUGCUGUUCCUCUUAUUGAGGAAAUACUAAAGGUGACGGGUGAUGAUAUCAAGGUUCAAUACUACGAGAGACUUUUACCAUUAAUACCAUUAAAAAGACCUCUCGGAUCCUUUCUUAAUAUUAAAACAGGCGAUUGCAUUGUAACAUUUUCACGUCGUGAAAUAUAUCGGUUGAAGAAAAAAAUUGAAAGCGCAGGAAAGCAUCUCUGUUCUGUUGUUUAUGGUUCGCUGCCACCAGAAACAAGAACAAGACAGGCAACAAUGUUCAAUGAUGCCAGCAGUGAAUUUGAUGUUCUUGUGGCCAGUGAUGCCAUUGGAAUGGGUCUUAACUUGAACAUCUCUAGAAUCAUAUUUUCAACAAUGAAAAAGUUUGAUGGAGUUGAGAUGCGAUCUCUAACAGUACCAGAGAUUAAACAAAUUGCAGGGCGGGCUGGAAGGUAUGGAUCAAAUUACCCAGUUGGAGAAGUGACUUGUCUAAGUGCAAAUGAUCUGCCCUUGCUUCACUCAUCGUUGGAAUCACCAUCUCCUGUUCUUGAAAGAGCUGGAUUAUUUCCUACCUUUGAUUUGAUGUAUAUGUAUUCAAGGUUACACCCAGAAAAAGGAUUUUACCAGAUAUUGGAACAUUUUGUUGAGAAUGCCAAAUUAUCUCCAAAUUAUUUCAUUGCUGAUUGUGAGGAAAUAUUGAAAGUUGCCGCUGUAAUCGAUGAAAUGCCACUUUCGCUGAAUGAUAAGUACCUGUUCUGUAUCAGCCCAGUUGAUAUGAACGAUGAGAUCUCGUCUCAGGGUCUUACACAGUUCGCUGAAAAUUACGCAAGGAAAGGCGUUGUUCGACUUAAAGAAAUAUUUACCCCAGGGACACUUCAGGUGCCUAAAACACAACAUGCACUUCAGGAACUUGAAUCUAUUCACAAGGUAUUGGAUCUCUACGUAUGGUUGAGUUUCCGAUUGGAGGAUUCAUUUCCAGACCAUGAGCUGGCAGCUUCACAAAAAUCUCUGUGUAGCCUGCUAAUUGAGGAGUUUCUUGAAAGAUUAGGAUGGCAGAAGCCAACAGCAAAGAGGCUAUCACCAUGGAAGAUUUCAACUUCUCUAUUGUCUAAACAUAAUUUUCAACAUUUGUAAAUAAUUCAUGUCAUGAAAAACAUCAGUUAAAAUCAAUAAAAUAUCCUUUUUAAUGCU